ACCCGUCUCUGCUAAAUAAGCUCUAGUGACAUACUUUCACUUUCAUUUCGAUUGUUAUUGAUCACAGUCUUACGACUGAACUAAUGAUGCAAAACGAGCAUCUCAUAGUUGAUCUCAGACGUAUAGUACCUCAGAAUAGUAAAGCCGAAACGUUGUUUUAAACUGAAGGAUCAUUUGACCCUCAAGAUAUGGCGUCUACAAAGUUCAUGUCAGCUCCAGUGUGCUUCAUUGAAACUGAUGGUGAUGGGCUGUUAUGUGUGAGAAAAGAGGCCAAAGAUAUUCUGGACAGCAUCAGAGAGCCGGUCGUGGUGGUGUCUAUAGUGGGACUUUACAGAACAGGGAAAUCUUACCUGAUGAACCGCCUGGCAGGACAACAGUCUGGCUUUGCUCUCGGCAGCACGAUCGAAUCGAAGACUAAAGGCAUCUGGAUGUGGUGCGUUCCUCACCCCUCUAAAGCAGGACACACUUUGGUGCUGCUGGACACGGAGGGACUUGGAGACAUAGACAAGGGGGAUGCAAAACACGACACCUGGAUCUUCUGUCUGGCUCUUCUGCUCAGCAGCACCCUGGUGUACAACAGCUUAGGAGUCAUAGACAGUAUGGCACUGGAAAAACUGCAUUAUGUGACAGAGCUGAGAGAGCACAUCCGUGUGAAGUCGGUGCGAGACAAUAAGGAUGAUUCUACACAAUUCAUGAAUGUUUUUCCAGCUUUUGUCUGGACUGUUCGUGAUUUCACUCUGGAACUAAUAAAGGACGAUGAACCGAUCACAUCUGAUGCAUAUCUGGAGGGAGCUUUGAAACUCAAGAACGGCAGUUCACCUCAGAUUGAGCAGUAUAACCUGCCUCGGCGCUGUCUGCAGAAAUUCUUUGCGGUGAGAAAGUGUUUUGUGUUUCCUCGGCCUGCUGGAACGAAGGAUAUGAGAAGAAUGGAGCAGCUGACUGAAGCAGAUCUGGAUCAAGAGUUCCUGCAGGAGGCAAAACAUUUCUGCAAAUACAUCUACAGCUGUUCAGAGUCAAAAACUCUCAUGGAAGGUCGCACAGUCUCCGGACCUGUUCUGGGUAGUCUGGCUGAGGUGUAUGUGGAGGCAAUCCGCAGAGGAAAUGUUCCAUGUCUGGAAAAUGCAGUGGUGUCCCUAGCUCAGAUCCAUAAUGUCCAAGCUGUGGAUGAGGCCCUGCAAACCUACAGGACUGAGAUUCUCAGUUUAAUCCAGAUUCCAGUCGAUCCAAAACAGCUGUCUAACAUCCACGAAAGUGCAGAGAAGAAAGCCAUUGCAGUUUUCAUGAGCACAUCCUUCAAUGACAUGGAACAUAUUUACCAACGAGAGCUUGCGGAGAAGAUUCAAAAAGAAUAUGAAGAUUUUUGUGUACAGAAUAAGGAAGCAUCUGUGAGCGAGUGUCAGACAGUUCUGCUUUGUGUGUUUGAUCCGCUGGAAAAUGCCCUCCGUGAUGGAUCAUAUCUGAAACCUGGAGGAUACAGACAGUUCAGAGACACACUUGCAAAGCUGGCUGAGGAGUACAGAUCACAAGCACACUCACUAAUAAUGAGUGAGGAGGUGUUGAGUAAAUAUUGGGAAGAGAAGGAGAAUUCUGGAAUGAUAAUUUUAGCUGCUGAUGAAUCUCUGACUGAAGCGCAACACCAGCAAGAGGUUGCAAGUUUACAGAAGGAUUUUUUAGAACAGAAGCAAAAGGGUCUAGAGGAACAAAACCAGUUACAGCAUCAGAUGCUUUGUGACAUGCAAAGAACCCAUGAUGAGAAUGUGAAGCAGCUCAUGGAGAGGAUGGAGAAAGAACAGGAGAGAACGAGGCAAGACAAUGUACGAGUGAUGGAUGCUAAACUAAAGGAAAAGGAGGCUCUUCUACAGCAGGGCUUCCAGCAGGAGGCUUCACGCCUGCAGAUGGAGAUCAACAAUCUGAGAUCACAGAGGAGCAGGGGAGGCAGCUCAUGCAGCAUCUCCUGAAAAUACGCACUAAACGUGAUCUGCUUUAUUAUUAGUAUUUAUUUUCUUUUCACAAAAUCAUGUGUUUUAUUUCAUAAGUGUAAAGGAAGCAGACAGGUAAUCAUUUACAUUGGUUCUGAGGUGUUUUUUAGAACAAUUUAAAUAUUGGCUGAGACUUUGCUUGCUUUCUUCAUUGUUAUGAGGGAUUUUUGCAGUUAUUUUCAACUAAACAGUCCCAAGGUCAUUUUUAGAGGACGGAUAAAGCGGAGUUGUGCACCAUUCAGUUGAAUUUGAAUUGAGGUAACUAGUAGGAUGUAGAAUUGCAAUUCAAAUUAGUAUUAAAGGAAUUAAAAUGGAAUUAAUUUCAUGCAGCUGUUGUUUAGUUUUAAAAAAAAAUAUUAUAUUUUUCAGUAUAACUUCAAACUUGUCAUCAUAUACAACUUAUGGGGUUUUUCUUGUUAGAUCAAGUAAAUAAUGAUGGAAAAAAAAUGUAUUUGACUCGACAAUUUUUUUAUUUUUUUUUGGUUUGGCAACAGAUAUUUACUGUUUUUUUUUAUUUCAUUUUAACGUUCAUAGUGUUAAAACCACACAAUUUCUGAGAUUUCAGCAUGUCUGUGGCUGAGACAAAAGUUUUAGUUUAAGUAAUAUUUAAUGAUUUACUAUAUAAAUGACACCUCACAUAAGUCAUUUUAUUUAAAAAAGUUUAUUAUGUUCUGAAAUGUCUUCAAAGGAUGGCUAGAAUAAUCAGAUUAUUAAAUCUUAGUUUUACAGUUUUUAAAGAAAUAUCACACGAGCAAGUGUACUGUAUUGCUCUAUAUCAGCACAGCCAGGGCUGGACUGGUAAUCUGCCAUACCGGGCAUUUUCCCGGUGGGCUGACGCACUUUGGAGCCAAUCAGGGGCAGACUGGCCAUCGGGAGAACCGAGUGGUCUGGUGGGUCGGCCGCGAAACAUGCCGGAAUGGUCCGCACUAAGCAAAAAUGUGCUGCCUCGUUAUGCAGAAUGGACCACAAAAUGGCUCAUCCCCCCCAACAGUUGGGCCAGUUGCCAUGUAAAAUCCUGGGCCGAUUUCUCUUCCCAGACCAGCCCAGUCCGCAGGCUGAGUGGCUCAGGUAAUUACAGCUGUGCUGAUUUAGGGCCACACAGCAUGAUUGUGUGAUAUUGGUUUUAUAUAACAGUUUAACAUUCAACAAACAAGUAAAUCAAAAAAUUAGGAAAAACUAAGUACUAAGUAGUAUAUUAUAAUUUUGUACUUACAAUUAAUAUUUGAUCCUUUUUAAAAAUGUUCAUAGAAAUAUAUACAGUCCAUUCAGAAAGUAUUCAGACCCCUUCAUUUUUUCACAUUUUGGUAUGUUGCAGCCUGAUGCUAAAAUGCUUUCAAUUAUUUUUAAUUUUUUUUCACAUCAAUCUGCACUCCAUAACCCAUAAUGACAAAGCAAAACCCAUAUUUUUGAUAACUGCAAAUUUAUUAAAACGACAUAAGCAGGGCUGUAGCAAGGUAUUUUGGGCCCCCUGACUGUGUAUUGCUCAGGUCCCCUUUCCUAUUAAUAAAAUACAAUUUAUAAUAUAUAUAUAUAUAUAAUAUUUUAUUUAAGGCAGUUUUGCAGACUGUAUUAAAGAAGAACAUGAUCUUUGAAUGAAAAAAAAAUCUGAUCUGUGAUGUUCUGAAAUCUGAUGUUCAAUAAACAAUUAUUGUAAUGUGUUCC